AUGCUGGCGGUGCGCCACGUGCUGUUCGUUGUUGCCCUCCUGCUGCUGUGCCGGAUUGUGCCGGCUGUUGGGGCGUCAACAAGGAACAUGAAAGAAGUGAGGAAAUAUCUCAGAACUGUAAUGGAAGUUGCACUGGAGGCAAAGCAAUCUGCUGAUGAUGCAUUCAACAAGGCUGAAGAUGCUAUGAAUAUGACCGAGAAUGCACAGGAGGCUGCAAGGACAGCAAAUGAUGCGGCUGCUGAUCUAAAAGCUGCUGUUAAAGCAAUUGAUUUGGAUGCGGGUGUUUCUGAUGCAGUUCAGAAAAAAUCGCGGCAAGCGAGGCUAAAAUGUUUUGACGUGAUUUCACGCCUCAAUGCUGCUGCAGGAAAGUUGGAUGAGGCAAAGGGUGCGGCAAAGAUGGCAUAUCAGACCGUCAUGUCGGUUAAUGAGAGAGUCAAAGAGGAAAAAGACUUGGCAGAGGGUUCACUCUCAGAGUAUGUAAAGUCGAUAUCUGGUUUUGCAGAGACUACGGGAACUGCUUUGUUACAAGUGGAGGUUAAUGCCGCAUCUUCACGGGAUGACUCAACGACGGCUCGGGAGAGUGCAAUGGAGGCGGAGUCAAAUGCGAAGCAGGCUGAAGAGCAUUCUAAAUUGGUAGUGGGUAUCGGAAAAGACCGUGCGAGUGUGAUGCGCACUGGUUUUAAUAAUGAGGAAGCAGAGAGAUAUGCUUCAGUCCUAGAGGAAUCCGCUGGCAAGGCACUGGAAAAAGCUAAAGCUGCAGCGGCUAAAGCCAAAACUGCAUUUGAGAACGCUGAUAAGGCACUUCAGGCAGCUCAACAGAUGGUGGAGGCUGUAGAAGCCGCUGAGGAAGCUUUUAAAAAAGAUGCGGAACAAACUAAGAAAGGGGUCCUGCAGACAAAGAACUCUCAGAAGGGCAUUCCGGUUCUCCCUGAGCAACAUGAACAUCUCAACGAGGAGUCUGCCAGGACCGACUCGGACGGAGAUAAAAACAGGCAGGAUGUGCCGCCUUUGCCACCACAGAAAGGACUUGAGGGAGAACUGCAUCAAGGUGUGCUGCAGGGGCCCCCGGCAGAUGCACAUCCCGUUGACCCGGCGGUUCAACGCGGAGGGGGUAACAGACACCGGCAGGAUUCUCCUGCAGGGGUGUUAGAGCAAAGACUGAGCGAAGGGAAAGCAGACGAUCCUUCAGCCUUGUCAGCGGCGCCUGGAAGCGCAGAAGAUCUGAACAGGGUUGCGAAGUUGCCACACAAAAAGCAGACGAGUGGAAGAGUCCCCGAUCCUCAAUCGAAUGUGGAUCAGCAUGUCGUUGCAUCGCAAGAUGUUGCUUCUCCUGAACGGAUUACACAUGGAUCGCCUUCCAGCACAAGUCCUGAUCGUGGUGCUGCCGAAACUCACAAUGAAGAAAGGGACAAUACCGAUGAGUCCCCUAAUACCGAUGCAGAAUCUACGGACUCCACUGCAGCAGGCGAGACACACAGUGCGUCAGGUGCCGCUUCGGCUACUGAUGCAAUGAAUGCCCCACCAGGAGCGGCAACAAUGGUGGAAGACUUUACUUCUAACAACGAAGGUGCCGAUGGGAAGGCGAUGUCUCCAGUGGAGGUCCCAUCGAAUGCGGCCACUACUGCUCCUACACUCGCACUGAGCGGGAUCAGCAGCGGAGUAAGCACCAACCAAGAUGCGGACGGUGACGGUCGCUCGGCUUGCGUGAGUGCGCUGCUGCUGCUGCUGCUGCUGCUUGCGGUGAUGGUCUGCGUGGCUGUGGAGUGA